AUGGCGACAUCAGUAUCUCCACCCCACCCCACCCCCUUGGCUGGCCUUCUGCCCGUGACUCCUUUUCCUGAAUGUUCGAGGAGUCCCAAUUUUGGAGGCUAUGUGUGUCCUAAUAGUCUAAUAGACACCCUCAAGGCCGUGCCCCGCGGCGGGCGAGGCGUGAAGAAGUCCGCCGACGUGCGGGAGCGUCUGCAUCGCUCCGGACUCCGCCAAGUUCCCCAACGGCUCCCCGUCGUCCUGGUGCUGCAGCGGUAUGUGAAUGGUCACGCCAAAAAACAUUAUGAAGAUGCACAAAUACCCCUAACCAACUAUAAGAAAUCUGAAAAACAAGAAAAAGCUCAGCACACAGUGUGUAUGGAUUGCAGUAGCUACAGUACAUACUGUUACCGCUGUGAUGAUUUCGUGGUUAAUGACACCAAGCUGGGACUAGUACAGAAAGUCAGAGAACACUUACAGAACUUGGAAAACUCGGCUUUCACAGCUGACAGGCACAGGAAAAGAAAACUUUUGGAAAACUCAUCACUAAACAGCAAGUUAUUAAAAGUAAAUGGAAGUACCACUGCCAUUUGUGCGACUGGCCUUCGGAAUUUGGGCAACACGUGUUUCAUGAAUGCCAUUCUUCAGUCACUCAGCAACAUUGAGCAGUUUUGCUGUUACUUCAAAGAACUGCCUGCUGUAGAGUUAAGAAAUGGAAAGACAGCGGGAAGGCGGACAUACCACACCAGGAGCCAAGGGGACAACAAUGUGUCUUUGGUAGAAGAGUUUAGAAAGACACUCUGUGCUUUGUGGCAAGGUAACCAGACUGCGUUUAGUCCAGAGUCCUUGUUCUACGUUGUUUGGAAGAUCAUGCCCAAUUUCAGGGGCUAUCAGCAGCAAGACGCCCAUGAGUUCAUGCGCUACCUUUUGGACCACCUCCAUCUGGAACUCCAGGGUGGCUUCAAUGGUGUUUCCCGCUCAGCAAUUCUACAGGAGAAUUCUACUCUGUCUGCAAGUAACAAGUGCUGCAUAAACGGAGCAUCGACGGUGGUCACAGCUAUCUUCGGAGGCAUCCUUCAGAAUGAGGUCAACUGCCUCAUAUGCGGGACGGAGUCCAGGAAGUUCGAUCCAUUCCUAGAUCUUUCAUUAGAUAUUCCAAGCCAGUUCCGAAGUAAGCGUUCUAAGAAUCAAGAAAAUGGACCGGUGUGUUCAUUACGAGAUUGUCUUCGCAGUUUUACCGACUUAGAAGAGCUUGAUGAGACAGAGUUAUAUAUGUGCCAUAAAUGCAAAAAGAAACAGAAGUCCACAAAAAAGUUUUGGAUUCAGAAACUCCCCAGGGUGCUGUGCUUACAUUUGAAACGAUUUCAUUGGACAGCCUAUUUAAGAAACAAAGUCGAUACCUAUGUAGAGUUCCCACUGAGGGGCCUAGACAUGAAAUGCUACUUGCUGGAGCCUGAGAACAGCGGCCCGGACAGCUGCCUGUACGACCUGGCCGCCGUGGUGGUGCAUCACGGCUCUGGGUGAGUGAGAUGCGGCGCUGCUGUCCCGGCUUGGCUGCCAGCAUCUUCUGGUUGGGAGGACCUGGCAGCCAGCACAAGACUAGCAGUGUGGGCUGGAGGGCACCGGGGAGCUGCAGGCAUCCACGGAAGGCAAGCACAGACCAGGAAAACGGACAGCUUUAGGAGCCUGC